UGUGAAAUCUGAAACUGGGCAGCUCCCAUGUGACUGCUUUGCAGAGAGGUUUGGCUUGUGGUUCAUGUUCUGGGGAGGAGCAGAAGCCGGAGGCUUGACAGCAGUGGACAGGUGCUGGAGGCGCUGCAGCCUCUCAGCCAUGGGCGCCGUCUGGUCCGCCCUGCUGGUCGGAGGGGGCCUGGCCGGAGCGAUUUUCGUGUGGCUGCUGCGGGACACGGGGAAGGAGAGCGACGCGGAGCAGAAGGACGCCCCUCUUGGGGACGCUGCGGCUCCGGGAGGCGAUCAGGGUGGCGCCGGGGGACUGAGCCCUGGACCUUCCAGGCGGGAGCUGGUCACCAAACCAGAGCAUCUUCAAGAAAGCAAUGGAUGUUUGGUUUCGGAGAUCAAAGGCCAUGGUAACUUGCAGGAUGCAGCAUGGAGACUGCAGAGUCCUUCUGGAAAAGACAGUGAUUGUGACAGUUCAAGAGAUCAUGUUCCUUCUGGACAGUUUCCAGACACAGAAUCUCUAGCUACAUCGGAGACUGGUAACUCUCGGGGUUACUCUGAAGUUUCAAGAAAUGAAAGCCUUGAAUCUCCUAUAGGAGGAUGGGGAUUCCAGAAAGGACAAGAGGCACUUGCUAAAGUAGCUUCCUGUUUUGCAGAAAAGUUGUAUUCUAGCAACCUGGUCAUUGACAGAGCCAAAGAAGUGAGCCUUGCACAGUUGAGCAAUCAGGACCAGGCCGACAAUGAGGACUGGGAAACGGUGUCCAGGCACUCAUCUUGGGGAGAUGCUGGUUUGGGUGGCAGUCUUGAGGCUCCAGUGUUAAGCCCAAACCAGGGAAUGGACUGUGGCAGAAGCACUAUUAUGGAACCAAGAGGUCCGGAAGUGGAUGUGAGCCGAAAAAAGGUAGCAGCGGUGUCUUCAGGGUCUCAGCGAGUCAGUGUCGGGUUCCAGGUGCAUUAUAUCACAAGCACUGGCACGCAAUUCGUUGCAAUAACCGGAGACCACGAGAGUCUUGGGAGGUGGAAGGCCUACAUCGUACUGCAGCGUAGCAAGGAUGGGUUCUGGUUUCGUUCUGUGCCCCUGCCCGCAGAUACGGUGGUGGAAUGGAAGUUUGUAGUGGUAGACAAUGGGGAGAUUACCCGCUGGGAAGAAUGCAACAAUAGGUUCCUCGACACUGGCCAUGAGGAUAAAAUGGUUCAGAAGUGGUGGGGGAUUCACUGAUUCAGUGUUUCAAAGUACCAGAGAGGCUGUUGCAGAAUCUGGAAAAAGCUAAGUUUGCAGAGCACACUGAAUAAUUUUAAAUAAAGGAAGUAGAACUCCAAAUUUAGCCAUCGGCGUUGUUUCAAAUUUGCCAGUGGUUUUUGUCUAAUGUGCAGAAGUAUAUAUAUAUGUAGGUAAUGCUUUCAGUGAGCGUGGCCUUUUUUUCCCCCGUGGCAUUGAUGGGUGGAUUUUUGCUGAUCCAUCAUUACUUCAGGGCUUGGUCCUCUUGGGGCAUGACUUGGCCACACCUCAGGUGUGGACUGGCCAGGACACAUACAAACCACCCAGCUGCACAGGGUUCAAGCUUGAGCCUCUGGCUGAUCUUUAAGCCCAGGGAGUGAAGCAAGCCUCAUUUGAAAAGAGCUGCUUUCCUAUUGGUACAACUGGAGAAACUCUCUCUUUACUACAUGCACACUUUAUAUUUAAAAAUAAUUAAUGCCAUAUGCAACUGUGAUCAGAAAUAUCUGGUCACAAAUAUGAAUAGCAAGGAUGUGAAGACUUCCCAGUGUUUUUUUUGUUUUGUUUUUUUUUUUUUGCUUGAUUUUACCUGCUAGCUGUUGUUUGAAGGUAGCAAGUAAGUCUUUGUCUUAAUGAUGGCAAACUGGUGUAGAAACAAGGGGCCUAGUCAGAGUCGGUCAUUGGGAGGAGCCCACAAGUAGAGGGAACAGGAAUGCCAUUAAGGUGUAGGCUGCGUGAGGUGUCCUGCGUGAUGCUCCUAGAGGCCUGGGAGGUCCAGGUGCAGCCUGACUGCAGGGGGGGACACAGCUGUAAUUUAUGUCUAGGGCCUUUGUAGGACCGUCUCUCCCUUUGCCCCUCCUCUCUCACGGGUCUGGACUGACAGAUGGACUGGUCCAUAGCAGUCAUUUCUCCUGCCCUCUCCUUUCAGACCAGUAGCUAUCUUGGGCAACAAAAUUAUAACAGGACAGUGAUACAGAAGUACAUCUUUGUUCUGAGAAGAAAUAAAAUAUUUAAACUUUAUUAUAACUGAACAAAUAAAAUCUGAGUUUUACUAUCUUUA